ACACUACGCAUGCGCAACAUAAUUCUAUUAAAAUAACAUUAGCCUGUAGGUGCUAAACAGAACAUUGACAUGUAUAGUGUUUGUAACCUACUUUAAAAAGGGGCAGUGGGAUUUUUAAUUGUUUUCUGAAAAUAACCAGACGGUUUAGGGUUAAUCUCGUUUGGUCCUCCAACACCCCGGAAACAACAAUCUGACAGGGACUUCAUUUCGUCUGGCAUUGAAAGAGGGUCCUUACAUAAAGGCACAAUGCCUGACCUUUGGCAGGAUGCCAUGGACCAUGCUGUGACACUGGCCAGGAAAGCAGGAAAGAUUGUAAGGGAUGCUUUGCAGAAUGACAUGAAGAUCAUGUGCAAAAGCUCUUCUGUCGACCUGGUCACUAAAACAGACCAGAAUGUGGAGCAACUUAUUAUUACGUCAGUGAAGGAGAAGUUUCCUGAACACAGUUUCAUUGGUGAGGAGUCCGUGGCUGCAGGAGAACCUUGUGUUUUGACUGAAAACCCAACAUGGAUUGUUGACCCUGUGGAUGGGACCACUAACUUUGUGCAUGGAUAUCCAUUUGUUGCUAUAUCCAUUGGCUUUGCUGUCAACAAAAUGUUAGAGUUUGGUGUGGUUUAUAGCUGCAUAGAAGACAAGAUGUACACGGCGCGAAAAGGGAAGGGUGCAUUUUGCAACGGACAGCCUCUGCAAGUGUCGGACCAAAAAGAGAUUAACCAGUCAAUCAUCGCUACAGAGUUUGGCUCUAAUAGAGACCCUGAUGCCGUUGAUAAGAUUUUCUCUAGCAUGAGGAAAAUCUUAUGCCUGCCAGUUCAUGGGAUACGUGGCGUUGGAUCUGCUGCCAUCAACAUGUGCUUGGUAGCAUCUGGUUGUGUGGAGGCCUAUUAUGAGAUUGGGAUCCACUGUUGGGAUGUGGCGGCUGCGGCAGUCAUAGUCUCAGAGGCAGGAGGAGUUCUCAUGGAUGUUGAAGGUGGCCCGAUGGAUCUGAUGUCUAGAAGAGUUUUGGCAGCUAAUAACAACAUAAUUGGAGAAAGAAUCGUUAACGAGAUUGAGGCUUUUUCGGCUGUUAGAGAUGAUGCACCUGUAAACCCUACCAAAUAAACCUGGUUUUAAAGAAAAUCUUCUGUGCUAUUGAAGUCUGGUGUUGAAAAAUGCAUUAUAGUUAUGUUUAAAGCUGUGUGUAAACGGUAAAUUACAAAUGACAAGCAUUUUCCCGUGUUGAGCUACUGUAAAUCAAUGUUCAUUGUCAUUAGUAUAUAUUUACAGCUUUUAAUAGUAAUAUUGUUUAUUUUAUACACAAGUUCAAUAAACAAGGAGUUAAUCAUGAAUAACUUGA